GCUCAUUUCUCUUCACUUCAACACACAAAACACAAAUCUUUCUCAACUUCUUCUGCUAUUAAGCUUUCUAAAAUCUUUAGCCUUUUUCUCUUCAAAAAAAUGGCUUCUUUUGUUUUCAAACUAGUCCUUCUGAUCUCUCUAUUUCAAAUCUCUUUUGCUGCAAGAACUCUUAAUGAGCUUGUAAAAGAUCAAGGGUCUCAACUCUUGCAAUACCACAAUGGCCCUCUUCUCUCUGGAAAAAUUUCCAUUAAUCUUAUUUGGUAUGGCAAAUUCAAGCCUUCACAGAAAGCCAUCAUCUCAGAUUUCAUCACCUCACUGUCUUCUUCUUCACCAGCAAAAACCAAUCAGCCUUCAGUAACCUCGUGGUGGAAAACCACUGAGAAAUACUACCACCUAAGCUCCAAAAAAAACAGUCUUUCCCUCUCUCUCGGAAAACAAAUCGUUGAUGACAAGUACUCGCUUGGAAAAUCGCUCUCAAACAAACAUAUCGUAGCUUUGGCCUCAAAGGGUGAGCAAAAAGAUGCCAUAAACGUUGUAUUAACAUCUUCUGAUGUAACCGUUGAUGGAUUUUGUAUGAGUCGAUGUGGGACUCAUGGGUCUGCUCCGGCAUCCAAGAGUGGCCAAGUUAAGGGCAAGAACUACAAGUUCGCUUACAUCUGGGUUGGUAACUCCGAGACUCAGUGCCCAGGUCAAUGUGCAUGGCCAUUCCACCAACCCAUUUACGGCCCACAGAGCCCACCUUUGGUUGCACCAAACAAUGACGUGGGUCUUGAUGGAAUGGUGAUCAACUUGGCUGGUCUUUUAGCGGGAACCGCCACGAACCCAUUUGGAAAUGGCUAUUUUCAGGGUCCAAAAGAGGCACCACUAGAAGCUGCAUCAGCUUGUCCUGGUGUUUAUGGCAAAGGGGCUUAUCCUGGUUAUGCAGGUAACUUGUUGGUGGACCCUACAACUGGUGCUAGCUACAAUGCAAAUGGUGCUAAUGGAAGGAAGUACUUGGUUCCUGCUCUGUAUGAUCCUUCUACAUCGUCUUGCUCAACCUUGGUCUAAGAAGGGAAUAGUCUAGUAGAUUAUUAGUAGAAUGUAUAAUACUUAAUAAUAUAGCUGGAGAUAGUGUAAUUCUUUGAUUUGUCAUUUAUUUGUUAUGCAAUUGCGGAUUAAUAAUAGAAGAGCAAAUUGCUCUGGUUUGCUUUUUUCA